CGAGGAGGAGGAGGAGGAGGAGGGAGCAUCGCGGGGCCCGCGCUGCGUGUGGGCGCGGUGCUCGUGGCCCUGCGCGCCGCCGGGCGGGCUGUCCCGGGCGCUGUGCGUGCGGCGGGGCCCCGCGGACGGCGAGCCCGGCGGAGAGCCCGUGGUGGUGGAGCGGCGGGAGCGCGGGCGGGAGCCCUGCGAGGUGCGGCUGGAGUGCCGGCCCGGCGCCGCGAUGGUGUCCGUGGGGAUCCUGAGCCAGGCCCGCAACAUGGAGGUGUACGUGGGAGAGGAGUACUGCGGCACCGGCCGGGGACAGAGCCGCGGACACCGCCGGGACACGGGUGAAGCUGAAGAGGUUGCUUUAUACCACAAGUACCAUAAGUUUGAAUGCCCUGCAACCUCCUGUAGAAUUAAGCUGCUCUCCUUUGGUGAGACACAGAGAGUACUCAUCAGUAAAAUAAUUAUAGAAGUGAAAGCAGUGUCUGCAAAACUAGCAACUGAUUUUCCUUCACUAGGCUCGAGCAUAGAUCUAGACAGAGUGCAAACUAUAAUGGAAUCCAUGGGAUCUAAGUUGUCUCCAGGUGCUCAGCAGCUCAUGGACAUGGUCCGAUGUCAGCAGAAGAACAGUUUACCUCUUGGAGACAAACUUAGUUGGAUCUUGGGGAAGAAUUCCGACUUCGGAGGUGACCGUGCAAUAGAUGGACUGCGCAGUGCGGCUCUUCAGUCAUCCCCGAGUCACUCAGCCAGUGAACCUCUGCCCCUUAAAAAUCAUUUAACAAGUGAAACAGUCUAUAAAGACCUAAAAAUAAGUCGUGAUCUGAACACAGAGGUACCUGAGAGAGGGAACUCUUUUGACUCUGAAAUCAGACUUGCUACCCAGCAAAACGCAGUUGACCUCAGAAACGAUUUGAAAGUCGUGGGAUCUUUGCAUGUGCAGGAACAAGCGGGUGAACCCCCAAAUGUAGCCAACCCACAGGUGCUUCUUCCCUUUCUUCAAAACUUAUGCAGUCAGGUGAGUCACCUCCGGCUAAAAGAUGGAGAGAGGCAGCUCAGGAAAAACUCAGUGGCUAAAGAGGAAGGCGUUCAGUGUGUUGGAGUGGAACAACAGCCUAUUUGCUCCUAUUUGGAAAAGAUCAUCUCCAAAAAUAUGGAUCUGAUGGAGAAAAAGCUAAUGGACUAUAUUGAUCAACAAAUCCAGGCUCUUCAGACACACAUAGACAAUAAAAUGGUUCUCUUGAUGGACUUGGUUCGGAACUCAAAGCCAAACAAAAUUUCACAAGCACACUAUGAUUCUAAUGAAGGGUUUUCCAAUGGAGAGAGAUGAACAGAGAUGUAGGAUUUCAGUGUAAAUAUUUUAAGGGCAAUUACAUUUACAAAGCUUAGUAUUUAUGGAUUUACAGCUGUAAGGAAACCUCAGUGUUGUUAGCUUGCAUUUUGUUACUGUAAUUCUACCCACUGUUGCACGCAGUUGUCAGUUUUAUGAAAGAUCUUAGGGAAUGUGUGUUUUUUCCUAAAUAUGAGAGUUUUGUAUGCCCUUUGUGGCUUAUUUAUUUCAAGAACACGUGCUGAAAGCCAUAUGAACAGUCCCCCAGUUUCAGUUUGAACUCUGAAUAAACUGAGUUACUGCAUUAUCUUUUUACCUGCACAGAAUCAGUUCGCUUUGUUUUUGGAAGGUCAACCUUCAGACUUCCUUCUGUUUGUUGCUCUUUGAUUCUGGGGUACAGCAUUUAACUUGGACUCUGGGAGGGGCUUUGUUGUAAAGCCCUAAGUUGGGUGCAUGCAAAGACAUUUUGGGAAAAAAAAUACCUAUGGGGAUAUUUUGAGUCAACAAACAGCGCAGAUGUGUAGAAUCCGUAUCUUUAUUAAGUCUGCCUAAUAUUUUCUUCUCCAGGAAAACUGAUGUCUUUUAAGGAGACUGUCACAUCUUGAUGGUUGUAACUCACAGGAGCAGGUUGGGAAGAGAGGACAAUUUGCUUUGAACAGAAAUCUUGCAGUUGUCCCUCAGCUAAACUCCUGCCAGGAGCGGUUUCAAAGUGAUUUCAAAAGAUUAAAAGUUUUGGGUUUUUUUUUAAAGAAAAAAGGAUCUUAAUUUCUUGUCCUUUAUACCUGUAAAAAUUUGGUUUUACGUGCUUUUAGGAAACACCCUGAGGUAGACACAUACUCUUUUUCAACUCAGAGUUGACUUAAGACAGAGUACUAAGUUGAGAGGUUUUUAUAUUUGGUGUUUAUUGGUUGCUUUUUUAUUACAAAAGAAGUUGAAAUAUUUUCCCAA